AUGAGAAGGGAUAUCCCUCACACUGCGUGUGGUGACCCAGGUCAACCAUUACACGGACAGAGGACGGCAGAUAAUGGCACUUUCAACGUAGAUGGCGUGGUUGUGUUCGGGUGUGACGACGGGUACGAACUAGAAGGGUCUGCGACUAGGACGUGUCUGUUGAGUGGACAAUGGAGUGGGGAGAAAACCACCUGCAGAGUCAUUUCUUGCAGUCAACCGUCACCCAUACCGAAUGCUGACGUCACAGUUGUCUCCAGCGAGUACAGGGGAGUAGCCAUCUUGUCAUGCGCAGAAGGGUACCAACCAGAGGGCGAUGAACUCAUUGUAUGUUUACACAGCGCCUUGUGGAGUCCGACCAACUUCUCGUGCACUGAAAUUCUGAUUACGACAAACAAAGCCAUUACAGCUAUGCUAUCACCUGACAUCAUUACUAUUAACGAGCCUUCAGUAACUACGGAUUUAACAAAUGCACCAACUCUCUUUACAACUGCGCCCUGGAAGACAAGCAGCGGUGUUGAUGAGACUACACUCAACACAUUGACAACAUCUACAGUUGUCUCGACGACCGGUGACGAAGCUUCAACUGAACUCCAGACCACACACAUUCAUUCAAGGGAGUCCCCAACUACAGUGUCAACAUCGUCUGAUUCAACUACUUUUGGAGUUGAAUCAACUACAUCCACUACAUCGGAUGAUGUUAUUAGUGGAACUAGCCAAUUACAAACUUCAGAUUAUGUUUCGUCGUCCUCUGACACUGUGUCAACAUCGUCACACUACGACCAAACGGAGUCAACUACUUUUGGAGUUGAAUCAACUACAUCCACUACAUCGGAUGAUGUUAUUAGUGGAACUAGCCACCUACAAACUUCAGAUUAUGUUUCGUCGUCCUCUGACACCGUGUCAACAUCGUCACACUACGACCAAACGGAUUCAACUACUUUUGGAGUUGAAUCAACUACAUCAACAACAUCGGAUGAUGUUAUUAGUGGAACGAGCCACCUACAAACUUCAGAUUAUGUUUCGUCGUCCUCUGACACCGUGUCAACGUCGUCACACUACGACCAAACGGAGUCAACUACUUUUGGAGUUGACUCAACUACAUCCAUUACAUCGGUGGUUGUUAGUGGAACUAGCCAACAACAAACCUCAGAUUAUGUUUCGUCAGUUUCAGAUAUAGUGUCAACAUCGUCACACUACGACCAAACGGAUUCGACUACUUUUGGAGUUGAACCAACUACAUCAACAACAUCGGAUGAUGUUCAUAGUGGAGCUACCGAACUACAAACUUCAGACUAUGUUUCUUCGGCUUCAACUAUACUAUCAACAUCGUUACACUACGACCAAACCGAUUCAGCUACUUUUGGAGUUGACUCUACUACAUCAACUACAUCGGUGGUUGUUAGCGGAACUAGCCAACAGCAAACAUCAGAUUUGGUUUCGUCGGCUUCAGAUAGUGUAUCAACAUCGUUACACUACGACCAGAAAUCUACUACUUUUGAAGUUGACUCAACUGCACCAGAUGAUGUUAUUAGUGGAACUAGCCUAACACUAACUUCAGAUUAUGUUUCAUUGGCGUCAGAAGCCGUUGUUGCAUCUUUGAGUUUGAUGACGUUCUUUGUAGUGGUGCUGUGCGUUCUCCUAUUGAUGCUCUUCUGCCACAGUAAAAGUUCAGUUAACAAGAUCUACCCAACGCAGGAUACUGAAAUGAUGGAUAUAAUAUCACGUGCGCUCUCAGAAAACAAUGCACUAUCUGAAGAAGUUGUACCUAAGGAGUUUGUAGGAACGAAAGGUGGUUACCAGCAGCGGGCAUCAGCAGCCACCCUACCGGAAAACGGAGCCACGUCACCGGAGAGGCGACUCGAAUCUCCCGGUAGAAACGGAAAGCAGAAUACCCCUCAACAGGCAUGGGUUGCAUAA